AUCGGGGGACCGCGGCGGGCGUGGAGGUGUAGAACCUCGACGCUCUACCUGCUGGUCGUUGUGCCCGCGAAUGAUGAUACCCUGUGCGAUUGGGGGAUGCGACACCGGCACAGAUGCUGGCUUUCCUCUGAUUGGCCGGCUGGCCGGAACUUUUUGCCGGGAUGUCGCAUCGCUCUUUCGGUGCGAAUUCGGCGUUUUUACGGAUCAGACUUUCUGAUAUACUUCGGUUGGCUUUUUGCGCAUUGCGAGUCUGUUAGGACGACUCCAGCUGCCCACUUUAUUAGAUGGCCUUUCCUUUCUUUUACUAUCCUAUCGGGCCACUGUUCCCGCCUCUACGUGUGUGGCUCGGUACACCUGAGUCCGCAUCGUUGUAUCUAUUCAUGUCAUGCAUCCUUUCUUCAAUACAAUACAAUAAUACCAUCAUCAAACGCCCUACGUUCCCUGUUCGUGGUGAUGCCAAAUGUUCCCUCGUACACCUGUAUAUGCUCAAGCUGACUCCCAUCGCGGUACCGAGCUCCAGGCGAGCCCACUUCACCACAGCAGUCCAGAGCACUCACACUCGUCACACGAUAUUGAUGGAAAUGUACACUAGCUGACCAGCCCUCUCUUUCAACGGAAGUCCUCCGCU